AUGACUGUUACCUACACAGCCCGGGUGGCCAACGCCCGCUUCGGAGGCUUCUCACAGCUGCUGCUGCUGUGGCGAGGGAGCAUCUACAAGCUCUUGUGGCGAGAGCUGCUGAGCUUCCUCGCCCUCUACAUGGCGCUGAGCGCCGCCUACCGUUUCAUGCUGGCUGAAGAGCAGAAGCGCUAUUUUGAGAAGCUUGUCAUUUACUGUGACCAGUACGCCAGCCUCAUCCCGGUCUCCUUCGUGCUAGGCUUCUACGUGACGCUGGUGGUGCACCGCUGGUGGAACCAGUACCUGUGCAUGCCGCUGCCCGACGCGCUCAUGUGCGUGGUGGCGGGGACGGUGCACGGGCGGGACGAUCGCGGCCGCCUCUACCGGCGCACUCUCAUGCGCUACGCUGGGCUCUCGGCUGUGCUCAUCCUGCGCUCAGUCAGCACCGCGGUCUUCAAGCGCUUCCCCACUGUAGACCACGUGGUAGAGGCCGGAUUCAUGACCCGCGAGGAGCGCAAGAAAUUCGAGAACCUAAAUUCCUCUUACAACAAGUACUGGGUGCCCUGCGUGUGGUUCUCCAACUUGGCGGCUCAGGCCCGGCGCGAGGGCCGCAUCCGCGACAACAGCGCCUUCAAACUCCUGCUCGAGGAGCUAAAUGCAUUUCGGAGCAAAUGUGGGAUGCUCUUUCACUACGACUGGAUCAGUGUGCCGCUCGUCUACACCCAGGUGGUGACCAUCGCGGUGUACAGCUACUUCCUGGCCUGUCUCGUGGGCCGCCAGUUCCUGGAUCCGGCCCAGGGUUACAAGGACCACAACCUGGACCUUUAUGUCCCUGUCUUCACCUUGCUGCAGUUCUUCUUCUACGUCGGCUGGCUCAAGGUCGCAGAGCAGCUCAUCAACCCUUUCGGAGAAGACGAUGAUGACUUUGAGACCAAUUUUCUGAUUGAUCGAAACUUCCAGGUAUCCAUGCUGGCUGUGGACGAGAUGUACGACGACUUGGCUAUGCUGGAGAAGGACCUGUAUUGGGACUCGGCGGAGGCCCGUGCCCCCUACACGGCAGCCACCGCCUUCCUGUUGCAGCAGCCGUCCUUUCAGGGCUCCACCUUCGACAUCGCACUGGCCAAGGAGGACAUGCAGUUCCAGCGGCUGGACGGCGCGGACGGCCCCCUGGGAGAGGCGCACGGCGACCUCCUGCAGCGCUUCCUGUCGACAGGUGCUGGAACGGCCUUUCUGGGCCGGCGCCUGUCGCUGCUGCGCCGCAAGAACAGCUGCGUGUCAGAGGCAUCCAUCCCAGCCAGCUGCGCGUGCGCGGGCACCUCCGACGGUGUGGCCCUAGAGUGCAGCUGCGCUGACCCACUCCUGGAACCGGGCCUGCGGGAACAGGAGCCCGAGCUUGCUGCUUGUCCGGAGCCUCCUGUGCCCGGGCCCACUCCUGCACCGUUGCCAGACCCCUUUCCUGGCCUACCCCUCCCUGGGCCCCGCGUGCCAGCACCUCCCUGGCUGCCCAGCCCUAUUGGUGAGGAGGAGGAGAACCUGGCCUGAGCGCCUGGGGCCAGGCCUCCAAAGGACAGAAACCCAAGCCCACCCACCCCAGGCCAGGCUGCAUAAAUCUGCUGUGCCUGCAUGAACUCAGCCUGCGUGGGUCUGGCCCAGAUGCUUUGUUUUGCUAUGUACUUCUCCCUGGCCUUGAAUUCACUGAGUAGCCUAGGCUGACCUUGGACUCUUGGAGAUCCUCCUGCCUUAGCCCCCCAAAUUCUGGGAUUACAAGUGUGUGCCACCAAACCCAGCUCUUCCCCAUGCUUUGAACAGCCAGUCCUUAAAGCUAGAUCCACUUCCCAGUUUCAUUGCCCCA